AUGGAGCACCUUGCCAAGGAAACCGCUGCAGAAAGCAGUGGGCCAAAAGUUUUGGAAACAGCAGAAGAAAUCCAGCAGAGGCGUGAAGAGGUGUUGAAUCGGUACCAGAGGUUCAAGCAACGUGUUGCUGAGAGGGGUCAGAAACUUGAAGAGUCCUAUCACUACCAAGUUUUCAGGCGAGAUGCAGAUGACCUGGAAAAGUGGAUCAUGGAGAAACUGGAGAUUGCAAAGGAUAAGAGCUAUGAGCCAACAAAUAUACAGGCAAAAUAUCAGAAACAUGAAACCUUUGUAGCAGAGGUGCAAGCAAAAUCAAAAGUCCUUCCUGAACUGGAAGAAAUUAGAGAAGUCCGGUUUACUGAAGAUCAUUUUGCCCAUGAAGACACUAAGACCCACCUGGAGGAACUGCGUCGCCUGUGGGACCUGCUGCUGGAGCUGACCCAGGAGAAGAGCGAUGUGCUGCUGCGGGCCCUGAAGUUCCAUCAGUACUCACAGGAGUGUGAUGACAUCUUAGAGUGGAUCAGGGACAAGGAGGCUAUAGUGACACUAGUAGAGCUGGGUGAAGACUGGGAGCGCACAGAAGUUCUGCAUAAGAAGUUUGAAGAGUUCCAGGAGGAGCUGGCAGCUCGAAAAGGGAAAGUGGACAGAGUGAACCAGUACGCCAAUGAGUGUGCUGAGGAAAAACAUCCUAAGCUGCCCUUGAUAAAGUCAAAGCAGGAUGAGGUAAACAUGGCUUGGGAGCGUCUCUGUAACUUGGCUCUCCAAAGACAGCAAACACUGUCCAGUGCUGCAGACCUCCAAAGAUUCAAGAGGGAUGUGACUGAAGCCAUUCAGUGGAUCAAGGAGAAGGAGCCUGUACUUACCUCAGAGGACUAUGGCAAGGAUCUCGUAAGCUCAGAGUCACUGUUUCACAGUCACAAGAGACUUGAGAGGAACCUUGCAGUCAUGCAGGACAAGGUAAAGGAGUUAUGCGCCAAAGCAGACAAGCUGAUGACUUCCCACCCUGCAGAUGCCCCUCAGAUCCAGCAGAUGAAGGAGGAGCUGAUCUCCAACUGGGACCACAUUCGGGCCUUGGCUACGGCCAGAUAUGCAAAACUUCAGGCUUCUUAUGGGUGGGAAUCCCUCUUCUCUAUUGCUCUACCUGCCUCCCCCAAAACUUUGGAUGAGACUGCAACAAAACUUAUUGACAAUGACCAUUACGAUUCUGAGAACAUUGCUGCUAUCCGUGACGGGUUGUUGGCCCGGAGGGAUGCCUUACGUGACAGAGCUGCCACUCGACGCAAAUUAUUGGUGGAUUCACUGCUUCUGCAACAACUGUAUCAAGACUCAGAUGACCUAAAAACUUGGAUCAACAAGAAGAAAAAAGUGGCAGAUGAUGAAGAAUACAAGGACGUACAGAACUUGAAGAGUCGUGUUCAAAAGCAGCAAGACUUUGAAGAGGAACUGGCAGCUAAUGAGAUCAUGCUCAACAACCUUGAGAAAACUGGCCAGGAGAUGAUUGAGAGUGAUCACUAUGCUUCCGAUGCUGUGGCCGCUCGUGUGAGAGAGGUUGCCAGCCUCUGGAAGGAGCUGCUGGAAGCCACCGCUCAGAAAGGAUCCCAGUUGUAUGAAGCCAACCAGCAGCUGCAAUUUGAAAACAAUGCUGAAGACCUGAGGCAUUGGCUGGAGGAGGUUGAAUGGCAAGUUGCCUCUGAGGAUUAUGGGAAAGGCCUGGCUGAUGUUCAGAAUUUACUCAGGAAACAUGGCCUCCUUGAGUCAGCCGUGGAUGCUCGUCAGGAUCAGGUGGAGACCCUCACAGACAUGGCCGCACAUUUUGAAGAAAUAGGACAUCCCGAUUCUGGGGAUAUUCGUGCAAGGCAACAGUCCUUGGUGUCUCGAUUUGAAGCUCUGAAAGAGCCACUGGCCACCAGGAAAAAGAAGCUCAUUGACCUCCUCCGUCUGCAGCAGAUUUGCAGAGACACAGAAGAUGAAGAGGCCUGGAUCCAAGAGACUGAGCCCUCUGCAGCUUCUACCUACCUUGGUAAAGACUUGGUUGCAGCUAAAAAUCUCCUGAACAGGCAUGAAGUCAUCCUGGCAGAUAUUUCUAGCCAUGAGCCACGCAUCCAAGCGAUAACAGAGAGAGGAAACAAAAUGAUAGAGGAAGAACACUUUGCUGCAGAAGAUAUAGCCUCUCGGGUUGAGGGUUUGAACAAGAAUAUGGAGUCUCUCUGCACUCGAGCUACUAGGCGGCACAACGAUCUUCAAGCCAAUGUCCAGUUCCAACAGUACCUGGCUGACCUGCAUGAAGCAGAAGCGUGGAUUAAAGAGAAGGAACCUAUUGUCGACAAUACUAACUAUGGGGCUGAUGAAGAAGCAGCUGGGGCUCUUCUUAAGAAACACGAGGCCUUCUUAGUGGAUCUCAAUGCGUUUGGAAACAGUAUGCAAGCCCUGCUGGACCAGGCUGAAGCCUGCCAGCAACAGCAGGCUGUACCAGUGGAGGAUGCUGCGGAAGAAGUGAGGGUUGUGGCUUUGUAUGACUUCCAGGCCCGCAGCCGCCGGGAAGUCACCAUGAAGAAGAAUGACAUCUUAACUCUGCUCAGCUCCAUCAACAAGGACUGGUGGAAAGUUGAAGCUGAUGAUCAUCAGGGUUUUGUCCCAGCUGUCUAUGUCAGGAAACUGGCCCAUGAUGAGCUCCGCAGUCUCCCACAGCGGCGACUAGAAGAGCCAGGCAAUAUUGCCCAGCGCCAGGAGCAGAUCGAGGACCUGUACCACUCCCUCCUGGAUCGGGCAGAAGAUCGCAGACGUCGUCUAUUACAACGUUACAAUGAAUUUUUGCUGGCCUAUGAGGCAGGAGACAUGCUGGACUGGAUCCAGGAGAAAAAGGAUGAAAACACCAGAGUGGAACUUGAUGAUGUUUGGGAACUGCAGAAAAAGUUUGAUGAGUUCCAGAGGGAUUUGAAGACCAAUGAGCCUCGAUUAAGGGAUAUCAACAAAGUAGCUGAUGAUCUGCUCUAUGAAAAACUUCUAACACCAGAAGGAGCUCAUAUCCGGCAGGAGUUGAAUACCCGCUGGGAUUCUUUGCAGAGGCUAGCAGAUGAACAGCAGCAGAUGCUAAGCAGUGCCCAUGCUGUCCAGAUGUUUCAUAGAGAAGCAGAUGACACAAAGGAACAGAUUGAGAAGAAAUGCCAAGCCCUCAAUGCUGCUGACCCUGGCUCAGACCUGCUCAGUGUCCAAGCCCUUCAGCGACAGCACGAGGGCUUUGAGAGAGACCUCACUCCUCUGGGGGAAAAGGUCACUAUGUUAGGAGAGACAGCAGAUAGACUCUGCGAAUCCCACCCUGAUGCCACAAAGGACCUGCAGAGGCAGCGAGCACAGCUACACCAGGCUUGGAAUUAUUUACAAGGACUUACAGAGGAUCGUAAGGAGAGCCUUACUGAGGCCCACAAGUUCUACCAGUUCCUCAGCAAAGCCAGUGACCUAGAGAAUUGGAUCAAAGGCAUUGGUGUCAUUGUAUCAUCCCCUGAGUUGGCUGAAGACUUAACUAGCACAGAGAUCUUACUGGAGCGACAUGAGGAGAAUCGUGUAGACAUGGAGGCAGAGGCUCCCACCUUCCAGGCCUUAGAAGACUUUGGCACAGAACUUAUAAAGAGUGGUCACCGCAAUAGCCCUGAGAUUGCCAAUAAGCUUCAGGAUGUUCAACACAAAAGAGAUGAUUUGGAGAAGGCUUGGGAACAACGCAAGAAGAUGCUAGGCCAAUGUCUGGAACUGCAGUUGUUCCGAGGGGACUGUGAACAGAUUGAGAGCUGGAUGGUAGCACGGGAGAGUUCUCUGAGGUCAGAUGAUGAGGAUUCCUUACGCAGCCUGGCAACUUUGAUGAAGAAACGGGAUGAUUUGGACAAAGCAAUCAUUGCCCAGGAAGGGAAGAUUACUGACCUAGAACAUUUUGCUGAUAGACUCAUAGCUGAUGACCACUAUGCCAAAGAAGAAAUUGUUACUCGGCUCCAACAUGUGCUCAACAGAUGGAAUGCUCUCAAGGAACAGUUGAUUGUUGAGAGGACGAAGCUUGGAGACCAAGCUGAUCUGAAACAAUUCUACCAUGACCUUGAAGAGCUAGAAGAAUGGAUCAGUGAGAUGUUACCCACAGCCUGUGAUGAAUCAUACAAAGACACCACGAACAUUCAGAGAAAAUAUCUGAAACACCAGACCUUUGAAAAUGAAGUCACUGGUCGAACUGAGCAAGUGACUGGAGUCAUCGACCUAGGGCAUUCCUUAAUUGAACGGAAGGCAUGCGAUGGGGAGGAAGAGACAGUGAAGAAGCAAUUGGAUGAGCUACAGGAACAUUGGGACUACCUCCUUGAGAGAACGACUGACAAAGGGCAGAAGCUCAAUGAGGCCAGUCGUCAGCAGAGAUUCAACACCAGCAUCCGGGACUUUGAGUUCUGGCUCUCGGAGGCAGAGGGACUGCUAGCCAUGAAAGAUCAGGCCAGAGACUUGGCUUCCGCAGGGAACCUGCUAAAAAAGCAUCAACUCCUGGAAGCAGAGAUGGUGGCUCGAGAGAACUCACUUAAGGACCUGAAUAACCUGGCUAAGGAGUUGAUCUCCAGUGGUACUUUCAACGUUGACCAGAUAGAGAAGAAAAUGGAUAGUGUCAAUGAGCGCUUCAAGAAUGUCCAGAGCCUGGCAGCUGCACACCAUGAAAAACUGAAGGAGGCCUAUGCCUUAUUCCAAUUCUUCCAGGACCUGGAUGAUGAGGAAUCCUGGAUAGAGGAGAAGUUGUUACGAGUAAGCUCCCAGGACUAUGGAAGGGAUUUGCAGAGCGUUCAGAACUUAUUGAGAAGGCAUAAACGUUUAGAGGGGGAGCUGGUAGCCCAUGAACCUGCUAUCCAGAACGUACUAGAUAUGGCAGAGAAAUUGGCAGACAAGGCUGCUGUGGAGCAAGAGGAGAUCCAGAAGCGGCUGGCUCAGUUUGUUCAACACUGGGAGAAGCUCAAAGAGUUGGCCAAGGAACGAGGGCUGAGGCUGGAAGAGUCUCUGCAAUUCCUGCAAUUCAUGGAGAAUGCUGAGGAAGAGGAGGUGUGGCUCACUGAAAAGGAAGCAAUGGUUACCCGAGGGGAUUCUGGAGACACACUGGCUGCUACCCAGAACUUGCUGAAGAAACAUGAAGCAUUGGAUACUGAUUUUGCUGUCCAUGAGCUCCGAGUGCAAAAUGUAUAUGCACAAGCAGAAGACAUCCUGAGUAAGGAGGAAACUCAGAACAAGGACAAGAUUUCCGCCAAGAUCCAGGCUCUCAGUGAAAAGGCUCCUUCUCUGGCCAAAGCAAUGGCUUCUUGGAAGUUGCAGUUGGAAGAUGACUACGCCUUCCAGCAGUUUAACUGGAAGGCUGACGUGGUAGAAUCCUGGAUAGGUAUGAAGAGUCAGAAGGCCUAUUUUCUGGAUGGAUCUUUGCUCAAAGAAACAGGAACUCUAGAAUCCCAACUGGAAGCAAAUAAAAGGAAGCAGAAAGAGAUCCAAGCGAUGAAGCGCCAUCUGACCAAGAUUGAGGACCUAGGGGACAACAUGGAGGAGGCUCUGAUUCUUGACAUCAAAUACAGCACCAUUGGACUGGCCCAGCAGUGGGACCAGCUCCACCAGCUGGGGAUGCGAAUGCAACACAAUCUGGAACAACAAAUCCAGGCCAAAGAUACCAUAGGUGUGAGUGAGGAGACACUAAAGGAGUUUAGCACCACUUAUAAACACUUUGAUGAGAAUUUGACAGGGCGCUUGAGUCACAAAGAUUUCCGAUCCUGCCUGAGAGGACUCAACUAUUAUUUGCCCAUGGUGGAGGAGGAUGAACCCGAGCCCAAGUUUCAAAAGUUCCUGGAUGCUGUGGAUCCAAGCAGGAAGGGCUAUAUCUCCCUGGAAGACUAUACAUCAUUCCUGAUUGACAAGGAAUCGGAGAAUAUCAAGACCAGCGAUGACAUAGAGAGUGCUUUCCAAGCCUUGGCAGAGGGCAAGGCCUAUAUCACCAAAGAGGACUUGAAGCAGGCCCUAACCCCGGAACAGGUGUCAUUCUGUACCAUCCAUAUGCAGCAAUACAUGGACCCACGAGGUCGAGGUCAUCCUGCCGGCUAUGACUACGUGGGCUUUACCAAUUCCUUCUUUGGCAACGCAUAAGAAGAUCGUAGAAAAGUUUGGUGUGGUGGGAAGUAUUGGGUUUGAAGCGGACAGGCAAGUGUGGAGGGUGAAAAGACUCUGUGUGUGUGUGUGUGUGUGUGUGUGUGUGUAUUAUGCUAAGCCUGGGGGGAGGGGUGUGGAGCUAAUAGAGAUGUUGAAGAACAACUCCUCUCCUGGUCACUAUUAGGAAAUUCCAAAGUCUUUAUUUUUUAUUCAUUGUAUUCUGCAUAUUUUUAUCAUUUUGGCAUGUUUUCAUUAUAGGAUGAAGCAUUUCUUUUUUAAAGAGAGGUUAACUGUUUCUGCCCCAAUUGGGAUUCUGCAUUUCUGAGAACUAUACUAUUAUCUAAAUAUGGGCAGAUAAUUAGACUGUGAUAAACAGCCAUAAUAAACUACAAAUAAAACCUAAAAUGACUUACAACUUA